GAGUUUGCUUGCGCUUUAUUGCCUUCAAAUUCUACACUUUGCUGUACGCACUCUCAAAAACGAGGUUUUUGGAGGUGGGGAGGAGAGGGAGAGCCUUCUGCAUUGUCUUCUUCUCAGAAAUCACUAGUCUUCUCAUUUUCUCUUUGCAGUUUUCGGCCUUCAUUUCUGGACUGUACCCACCUUGUUUUCAUUCAAAUUCUUCUAUUUAUUUCUUUCUGCUUGCUGUUGACUCUUAAGGCAACCCCGAAACGGAGAACACAUCUUAAGUGUGGGGAGAGAGAGAGAGAGAGGGAGAGAGAGAGAGCAUUACUUCCUGGGAGGAAGUCUGUAUGAAGAAUUAGUGAAAAAAUGAGAGAUGGGAGCCAGAAGAGGAGCAAGCUCUCCUGGUCCAAGGCCCUCGUUAAAAAAUGGUUCAAUAUCAAGAGUAAAGCACAUGAUUUCCACGCUGAUGAUGUGGUUGAAGAAGCAGGUGAUGGGGAGUGGAAAAGUUUCUCAGAGAGGGAAAGUUACACACUCAAGAAAAGCAAAACAGAGAGAUCAACCAAGAGAAACUCAGAGACAUACAGGAGACCAAAGUUUGAGUUCGAAACCAGUGCUCAAGUUACUGAUGUUCAGGACUAUAGGGUUUUUGUAGCAACAUGGAAUGUAGGUGGAAAAUCACCUCCAAGUUAUCUGAGUCUCGAAGAUUGGCUUCAUACUUCCCCUCCUGCGGACAUUUAUGUUUUGGGUUUUCAAGAAAUAGUUCCUCUGAAUGCGGGGAAUGUCUUGGGCGCAGAGGACAAUGGCCCUGCUAUCAAAUGGUUGUCACUGAUACGGAAAACUCUAAACAAUCUUCCUGGUUCGAGUGGAACUGGUGGCUACCAAAUGCCUUCACCUAUACCUGAUCCCAUUGUGGAAUUAGACUCUGAUUUUGAAGGUUCAACAAGGCAAAAGACUUCGUCUUUCUUCAAUCGACGGUCUUUCCAGUCCCUUAGUCGAAGUUUGAGGAUGGAUAAUGACAUUUCCAUGGGUCAACCGAGGCUUGAACGCAGAUUCAGUGUAUGUGACAGAGUUAUGUUUGGAAACAGGCCGAGUGAUUGUGAUGGUACAUUUCGCUCAGGUUCUUCAGACGAUGAGAAUGCUGGUUGUGAUUCUCCAAGUGCCAUGUAUUUUUCACCAUUGCCUUACGGUGUGCCUGCUUCCAUGGGGGAGGAAAGAGAUAGAUCAACAGGCCAUUCUCGAUACUGUUUGGUAGCCAGCAAGCAAAUGGUUGGCAUAUUUCUCACAGUUUGGGUGAGGAGUGAUAUAAGGGAUGAUGUUAAGAACCUGAAGGUCUCCUGCGUGGGAAGAGGAUUAAUGGGUUACCUUGGAAACAAGGGUUCCAUUUCAAUUAGCAUGUUGGUGCACAAAACAAGCUUUUGCUUCGUCUGUAGUCACUUAACAUCGGGGCAGAAAGAGGGUGAUGAGCUAAGAAGGAACUCGGAUGUCAUGGAGAUACUCAGGAAGACUCGGUUCCCUCGUGUCCAUAGAUUAGGUGACAACAACUCUCCUGAGACCAUCCUUGACCAUGACCGGAUUAUUUGGCUUGGGGACUUGAAUUAUCGGAUAGCUCUAUCGUAUCGUUCUGCUAAGGCCCUUGUUGAAAUGCACAAUUGGCGAGCAUUAUUGGAAAAUGAUCAGCUUAGGAUUGAGCAAAAGAGGGGGAGGGUUUUCCAGGGAUGGAACGAAGGGCGGAUAUAUUUCCCUCCCACAUACAAGUACAUGAACAACUCAGACCGUUAUGCUGGAGAUGACAUGUAUCCUAAAGAGAAACGGCGGACACCAGCAUGGUGCGAUCGAAUUCUGUGGUAUGGAAGGGGCCUGAAUCAGCUAUCAUAUGUUCGUGGGGAAUCCAGGUUUUCUGAUCAUAGGCCAGUGUAUAGUGUUUUCAGUGCAGAAGUUGAGGUCAUUAACCGUCAUCGAGUUAGAAAAAGCAUGGCAUGCUCUAGCGCUAGAGUUGAAGUAGAAGAACUUUUGCCUCACACACAUGGCUAUACUGAACUGAGUUUUUUUUAGACAACUGGAGGAUUUCAGAGACAAACAAGAACAAUGCAGUGCAAAACUUGAUACCAGUGCAAAGAAAUCAAGUAAAGUUUUGUAGCAGAGAGAGUUUGGAUCUUAUGAAGAUUGUCCUGAACCAUCGACUAUUUUUCUCGCCACAAUUUACCUUUUACCUGUGGUUUUUGUUGAGCUACCAUCAACUUCCUUUCAGAAUUUUUUGGAUUGUCCUUGGAGGUUUUUGAAGAUGAUCUCACCAUUCCAAUUGGAGAGAAGCUGCCAUACUGAUGGAUUGCCAUAGCUAGCCGGUGAUAUAUAAGCAGUUGAUUUUGGCCCUUGAAAUGGAGGAUGACAAAUCUCAAAAAUCUAUGCGACUAAUACGUGAUGACCAAGAUAAAGCAUUCAUUGAUUUGUUUAUUAUUUAUUUUUGAUUCGAAGCAUGAAGAGCAGCUCCAAGAGAAGUGCAUGGGGUGGUUCGGAAUAUAGGCAUUCAUUUCAAAGUGUUGUAAAUACGAGGAAAAAGAAAAAUAAAGCAAAGAACAGAAAAGAAAAGAGUAAAGAUAUGGAUGUACACUCAUGACAGUAUAUAUAAAAAAAAGAAAUGUUGAUAUAAAAUGCUUCCGCCUGCAACAUCUGCUCUUUCAUCUGCAAAAAGGCAUUUUUCCUGAUUACCAACUUCGGCCUUGCCUUAAGAAUAAAGCAAAUCCAAGCUAUGACAACAGUUCCUGGACAUUUGAGAUCUGAGAUCAGGCUGUCUAGAGAGAGAAAGAUGCUGUGCAUUUUGAACUUAUCUUUUUCCUUUCUCUGUCGGCUGGUCCAACGACCAUGUUGACCAUAGAUUCUGUUCCCAUCGCCCGCUUCCAUCCCUUUCCCUGGGGAAUGUUGAUCCUUGUGCAUGGGCAAUUGGGCAUACCUCAGAAACGGAGGAAAAAGGCCCUUAUGGGCCUGAUGCCUCUCUCACUUCACCAUCUUCUUCCUCAACAUCUUCAAUGCCAUUAUUUCUGGCCAUUCUGUCUCUCGACUUAUCAGCAAACCUUUCUCUCUCGCCAUUACUGCAAGUUUCAUUACUGCAGCCAUCUGGGCA